AUGCAAACCCGCGAAUGGACCCUCACCAACAAACCAACGGCCCUCCCAACCAUCUCCGGCCCCAACCCCACCUUCACUUUGAACACCAUCUCCCUCCCCACGCUGCAACCCGGCCAAGUCCUCAUCAAACCGCUCUACCUCUCCAACGACCCGGGCAUGCGCCCAUGGAUCUCCGCAAAUGCAGACCCCAAGCGGCAAUACCUACCACCGAUCCAUGAGGGCGAAGCGAUGCGUACCGCCGCCAUAGUACGGGUUGUCGAAUCUACUUCCGAGAAACUCCCGGUAGAUACUUUGGUAUUCGCAUUCACAGAAUGGCGCGAGUUGAGCAUCCGCGAUGAAGCCGAGUGCCAGCCUCUCGCGCCCAUUCCGGGCCUCGAUAUCGCACAUUUCCUGGGUGCGUUGGGAACGCCUGCUAUCACGGCGUACUAUGGGCUUAAGGAGAUUGUCAAGGUGCAGCCUGGAGAGACGGUUGUUAUUUCCGGGGCUGCGGGUGCGACGGGAAGUAUGGGGGUGCAGAUUGCGACGAAGCUGCUUGGUUGUCGGGUUAUUGGUAUUGCGGGGACAGAUGAUAAAUGUGCUUGGGUCAGGGCUCUUGGGGCGGAAGAGUGUAUUAACUACCGCUCUGAAUCGUUUGAGGAGGAUCUCAUCAAAGCAACGGAGGAUUAUGUUGAGGUUUAUUUUGACAACGUCGGCGGCGCCAUCCUCGACCUCAUGCUCACCCGGCUGAAGCGCUUUGGACGGAUUGCUGCUUGCGGCACAAUCUCAACCUACAACUCCACCGAGCAGACCUACAAGCAUCUCUUCGAAAUCAUCCAAAACCGCCUGAGCAUGCACGGAUUCUUCGCCUAUGACUACUUACCUCACCUCCCUGCGACUACGGAACUGCUCGUCCAGGCGUGGAAGGAUGGCAAGAUCAUCCUGGAUGACGAGAUGCAGACCAUUGUCGAUGCGGGCUUUGAGGAUGUCCCGGGUGUUUGGUUGAGGUUAUUUGAGGGGAAUAACACUGGGAAGUUAUGCACUAAGCUGGUUUAA